AUGGAAUUUUAUAAAUUACAAUCCGGUGGUAGAAUGCCAGCUUUAGGUUAUGGAACAUUUUUGGCUACAGGUAUUGAAUUAGAACAGUCUUUAAAUAUAGCGCUAGAAACUGGCUAUAGGUUCUUCGACACGGCCAUUGGUUACAACAAUGAACCAGUCAUUGGAAAGGUUUUAAAUGAAUGGAUAUCAGCUGGAAAAGUGACUAGAGAAGAAUUGUUCAUCAUAACUAAACUCCCAUGCUUUGGAAAUCGUCCAGAAGAAGUAGAUACAUAUAUUAAACAAUCACUAAAAGACUUACAGCUAGAUUAUGUUGAUAUGUACCUGAUACAUCUUCCAAUUGGUCUAUUUAAAAAUGGUAAAACUUUGUACAGUGAUAUGGAAUUAGACAACAGUACGGAUCAUCUUAACAUUUGGAAGAAAAUGGAGGAUCAAGUGGUUAAUGGCCGGGCGAAAUCUAUCGGUUUGUCGAACUUCAACAUCAAACAAAUACAAAGGAUAUUAGACAAUUGCAAAAUUAGACCCGAAGGUCUCCAGAACGAGAAUCAUUUGUACAUGCAAUCUCCCGAAGUCGUGCGAUUUUGCAAACUUAACGAUAUCAUAUUGAUCUCGUACUCGACUCUGGGCAUGAAAUCUUUCAGAGAAUUGGCGGGAUUAUCUUGGAAAAAUAAACAGUUACCAGAAAUGUUGGAGAAUGAUGUCUUGGUCAAGGUUGCAAAAAAACAUGGUAAGACUACAGCUCAAGUGUUGCUGAGGUUCCUCAAUCAGAAAAAAAUUGCCGUCAUACCCAAGAGCGUGACCCCAGAUCGAAUAGUGGAGAACUUUCAAAUUUUCGAUUUCAAAUUGGACACGGAAGACUUGGACGCUCUACGCAGUGAGGACAAUGGAGAAGAUGGGCGUAUCGUAUACUUUUCGAUGAUUAAAAAGUAG